GAUCUGUAACUUCGCCCGCCGUCUGCGGCUCUCCCUGUACUAUUUGAUCGCUAGAUUGAUCGAUCUGUGAGAAGUCCUCCCCGGACCUCUCGCGAAUUGUGUGUGUGCAAAGCGAGAGGCCCGGAGAGAGGGGCAGACAGACUCCGAUUCAUCACCAUGGGUGUCUUGUAUUACAAAUAUAAGAGUGCAAAGGAAACUUACCCUGUGACGUUGCCCUACUCGUUUAUAUCUGUGCCUGAUCUCAAGCAGCUCAUCUUGUCGAGUAACCGGCACGGCACCGGCCGUAGCCGCGGCCGCGGCCCCCGCGAGGAUAUCGCCCUCUCCAACGCCCAGACCGGCGAAGAAUAUGCAGAGGAUGCAAUGAUACCACAGAACGUAACUGUGCUUGUCCGCCGAACUGCCGGGCAAGAGUCGGAGAAUAUCGUCGUGGUCUCCUCGCGGAAAGUAAUAGAAGAUGGUUCUAUAGCUUCAAACAGAUCAGUGGUUACUGAAUCAGUCUCAAAAUCUUGUUCCUCCGCAGAAGUGAAAGAUGAAGAUGCUGCAAUCGCAGCUGUGAUUGAUGCGGCUGAGCUUAAAUGGGAAGAGCAGUCAUUUAAGAGAGGACAAGCUCCUGGAAGGUUUACAUCAGGACGCCAUAAUGGCCAUGGAUCAUCAGAGAGGGAGGCACCUCCACCCGGCUAUGUGUGCCGCAGCUGCGGGGUUGCAGGCCAUUUCAUUCAACAUUGCCCACAGGAAAACCAGACGCCUCCACCUGGCUAUACCUGCUACAGAUGCCGGAUUCCAGGGCAUUUUAUUCAGCAUUGCCCAACCAUUGGCGAUUCCAAAUUUGACAACUACAAAAUGUCUCGUCCAGUUGCCCCGGUCGUAUCUCCAAAUCCGGCUGAUGACAUUCUAUCUGCACUUGCCCCAGCUGCAUCUGCGAGUGUAGUUGAUGACUUGCCAGCAGAACUCCACUGCCAACUAUGUAAUAAGGUGAUGGCAGAUGCGGUGUUAACAAGCAAGUGCUGCUUUGUCAGUUUCUGUGAUAAAUGUAUUCGAGAUUACAUUAUUACACAAUCGAAGUGCAUUUGUGGAGUCAAGGUCCUUGCAGAUUCCCUCAUCCCCAACCCCACAGUUAGGAGCACAAUCAGCAAUUUGUUAGGUACAAGGACUUGCAGCACUGCCAGCGGUACAGGGAAGCACAGAAGUUCUUCAGGAAGCAACCCUGAUCCCAAAUCACAGAGCCACACCACCUCGGCUGCUUUGGAAAGGGACACAAAGCAAUGUAUGGACAACCAGCUAUCAGCAGCUUCUCCCGACGCCCGCCUCCAGGUCGCCACAGAAGGUGAUCAAGUCGACCGCCCUCAGAAGAAUUCUGAUCUGAAGAGCAACACUGAAGGCUCUGCAGGGCGUUCAGUAGAGAAAGCCGUACCUGGUGCUGACCUCCCCAAACUGAAGGAUGUGAGCGAAUCAACUUUGAAGAACGGUACUAUUUCAGGGAGCUUGGAACCAAAAGUUGCUAGGCCUGAUCAGUUGAAAAAGAAGCGGAAGAAGGCAGACUCAUCUAAGGCUGUUCAUCCAAACAAUGCUGACUAUGGUUACAACGUUCCAUUUGACCCUGCAUAUUGUAACCCUUUCAAUGGUGCAUAUCCCAUGGGUCCAUUUGGUGUACCUGAUCCAUACAUGUACGGCUCAAUGGGCAUGCCCUAUGGUGGUUUCCCGAUGGGUCCAUUUGGUAUGAAUCCCUACGGCAAUAUUCCGCCGCAGGCUCUUGCCAUGCAAGGCUAUCCGCCAAACUAUCAAAGCUGGGAAAACCAGGCCGCGCUACACCGUGAUGCCGAAGCUGCUGCACGCUCAAGGCAGGUCUCCCAGGGGAACGCUGAAGCUGCUGCACGUUCAAGGCAGACCGAGAGGCCAAAUGGCUCCGGUGCUUGGCCCAGGCCAUCAGAUCGCAACCAGCGCAUGGGCUCUCCUCAAGGCAGAGAGUUGAGGGACAGGCCCCAGUCAAGACCUGAACCAUCAGAGCGCAACCAGCGCUUGGGUUCUCCUCGCGGCAGAGAGUCCAGAGACAGGUCCCGGUCUAGAUCUAAACCAUCAGAGCGCAGCCAGCGCUCGGUUUCUCCUCGCCGCAGAGAGUCGAGGGACAGGUCCUGGUCAAGACCGGCAAGGAGUAGUAGGGACCAUGGGCGUUCCGACAGAGGUUCCAGUGACUACCACGAGGAUCACCAUGACAGGAAGAGAAUGCGUGUCUCUUCUACCGUUGAUGGUGAUACAGAGAGCAGCCAGAGGUCCAGACACAGUUCUAGGAGCAGCCUCAGGCGCGACGACGCAAGCGACGAUGAGCAGAAUUUCAAGAGGAAGUGGGGACGAUGAGCAGAAUUUCAAGAGGAAGUGGGGACGAUGAUCACCGGUCGCCAUGGAUGGAUGCAAGGUUCUGAAUAAAGAUGGAGGACUUGUUGCAGCAUUGCUGAUGUCCAAUGCUUUGCUGAUGAGACUUGUUUUACUAGUGAUUGUAUAUGUCUCGGAAAGCAGAGGAUAAUUCCUCUUGCAGAAUGUUAAACCAUUAUCAUACCAGAGAUUUGUAAUAUAUAUCUGAGAGUUCCCAGAUCUCUUCCUCUGUAAUGGAAUGUUAUUACCAAGAUAAAUGAAAUUAUCAUCAGCUACA